CCUACCGCGACGGCGGUGACCUCGUUCAGCAGCUGGCCAGUCCGUAGCGUUGGCCAACCUUUGUCGCCCCGUACCUUUGUUAUCUGGUUCUGGGAUAUUGAUAAUCGAAUCGUCGUAACUCGCAAUUCAUAAUAUAAUAAUAACAUUAUAUUAUUAUUAUGCUCGGUGUGAUAUUAUAUACACACAUCAUAUUGCAUUAUACAUUAUUAUUAUUAUACACGCAUUACGCACACGAAGAAUAAAAAGGAGGAAUCUGAAAUUUAUUUUUCUGCCUUGUUUUUUUAAACACAUUUUCUAUCCAUUCGUAUUUCGUUGAUUGUUUCACUCUUUGACGACGACGACGACGACGGCGACGACAACGACGAUUAACGUUAACGACUUCGGCGACGGAUACUCCUUUUCCGUCCAGACCGUUCGCUGCCCCGUCUUCUCUUUUGUCGCGUUUUCGUUUUCCAAACGCAUUGCGCCCGCAGAGAAAUGUCGCUGAGAUCGAAGACGGUGUGCGAGAUAUGCGGCGAAUCGUUUUUGACAGAGAACAAACUCUCCAACCAUAUAACGGAACGACACGUCCACUCCUCCACGAGCCCAUCGCCAAGCGUCUGUUCGUCGUCCAAACGUCGGAAACUGGACGCUGACUCGGACGUCAGGUGUCCGCUAUGCGAUUAUGUAGACCUGGACACCGACCGUCUGCAGCAACACGUCAAUCGCAUGCACUUUGACCCUGGCAGUCCCCGGAGACCGGGAACAGUAGACUUUCCUUGCCCGAUAUGCCCACUGGCGUUUGACCACUGUGAUAAUCUCGAAACUCACAUAAACGAAGAACACCACGAUAUUGUUAGCCCUCAAACGGACUGUGAUAGUCAGAGGAUACCGUUGUUGGAAAAUAUCAAUGAAGGUUGUGUGAUAUGCGGAAUGAAAAAUUUUGAUAGCUUAAGAGAUUUGGAUGCACACAUUGAACAACAUUACCGAGGUUCAACACCACCUACUCAAGAUCAUUUAACCAAUCAUGAUCAGCUUUUGGCCAAACAAUUGGAAAAACAAGAACGUGAACGUAUGAAACAUAAAGAACAGGAAGAUUUUCUAAAGUUACAAGCUGCUUAUGGAAUGGACAACAAAGGCAAUUAUAAUCAACAAACUAUGACUAACCUACAAGAAGCUGUAUCAAGUGGCGAAUUAACUGUUUAUGAUUAUUAUGAAAAAAUAUAUGAAAUAAAAAUGGCUGAAAGUAAAGGACUUGAUACCGGCGAAUCAUCUACAAGAGACUUGAUUGAGUAUAUUCGUCACUUCAGUGCAUCAUCACCAAAUGUAGUAGAAUUACAUUUGGCUUCUCCGACUGACCAUUAUAGAUCCACUUAUGGUGACAAAGGUUGGGGAUGUGGAUACAGGAAUAUGCAAAUGUUGAUGUCCAGUAUGCUUUUACAAAUGGAUUACAAUGAACAUAUAUCGAGAGUAUGGGAAGUUGAGAAAGGACCUCUGCCACGUGCUUGGAUGCCAUCCAUAUCAAGAUUACAGCAACAUUUAGAGAAAUCAUGGAGCAUGGGUAUUGACGAAAUGGGUAGAGAACAACUUGGUGGUACUGUGUAUAACACAAAGAAAUGGAUUGGAGCCACUGAAGUUGUUACUAUGCUAACAGCUUUAAAAAUUAAAACAUUAUUAAUAGACUUUCGAAAACCAACUGGUUCGAAAAAUACUCAUCCAGAAAUGUUUCACUGGUUGUACGAACAUUUUAGCAAUAGGAAAAAACAAUUUAUUCCUCCAGUUUAUAUACAACAUGAAGGUCAUAGUCGAACUGUAGUCGGUGUUGAAAAACUAUCUGAUGGAACAAUUUUGCUAUUAGUAUUAGAUCCAAGUGGUCAUUAUGAUAAAUUAAGAACAGAAGCUGGGAUGUCAACUAUGUCACAUAUAAGAAAAUCUAUGUACACAUUCAAGGCAAAAGAGUAUCAACUAGUCACAGUCAGUGGCAUAAUCACAAGUGAUUCAGAAUUUGAAAGUGGCAAAACAAUUAAAUCUACCCGUGGUUCAUAACAACUAUCAAGAAACUACAAUUCAUUUUGCAGAGCUUAAAGAUUUUGUUAAUAUUUUAAUUUUCCUUUUUAUACAUUCUAAAUUCUGUCAAAUAAAAUUAUAGCCUAAACGCGAAGUAUAUUGUUUAACACUUUUAGAAUGUUCUAGUACCUAUAUUACAAGUUACUACAUUUAAUGUUUAUAAUAUAAUCACACUUAAAAUCCAUCAUUACAAGUAGUGAUUUUAAUAAAAUAUUGUAGUUUAUAGAAAAUCAUUUGUUUUGUAAUUUAAUUUAUUUAUUAUCUAAACAAGCACUUGUAAAUUAAAUAGUGUUUGGUUUUUAAAUUAAUACAUUUAAUAGACUAGACAAAAUUAAUGUAUCUACAAUGUAAAUUUGUACAAAAAAAAAAAAAAAAAAA